CGCACGUGUGAACGGCCGACCAAGCCACGUGGACCACCUGUUCUUGCGAUAGUAGGAGGGAGAUCUCAGCGCUGCAGCCCCAACCCCUCGACCUCAAGGCCAGGAGGCGGAAGGUCGGAAGGAAUCGGACUAUCGGAGCUGAUCCGGCCUCUCUCUCAGGGAUCACUACAGUUUGACGCAUUUGGAGCUGGCCUUUCUGACAGGUGACAGCAAGAAGAUGAGUGCAGGACAUGGCGACACAGGGGCCUCAGCUAUGAUGGCAAAGCUGAAGGAGUUAUUGCACAGAAGUGAAAAUCGCAUUUGUGCUGAUUGCAGCGCGCCUGAUCCCAAAUGGGCAUCAGCCAAUAUUGGGGUAUUCAUUUGUGUAAAAUGUUCUGGCGUCCACAGAAGUCUUGGUACACAUAUUUCAAAGGUUCUGUCAGUAACACUAGAUAAGUGGACUGACAAUGAAGUUGAGUCAAUGAUAGAAGUUGGUGGGAAUUCAAAUGCCAAUGCAAUAUAUGAGGCUUUUCUGCCAGAGGGCUACCAGAAGCCACAUCCAGAUUCUAGCCAGGAAGAGAGAGAAAAGUUCAUCAGGUCAAAAUAUGAGCUGCAGGAAUUUCUGAAGCCAAGCCUGCGGAUUGUCUCUCAUCAUACUAGUGAUGACUGUGGAAAGCAUGCAGGCAGUGCCUCCCAUUCUGAUGGUUCCAAGAGUGAAAUCGGCAUGAUUGAAUUCAUCGGAAUAUUGAAUGUCAAGGUGAUAGGAGGCACCAACCUAGCCAUCAGGGACAUGUCAAGUAGUGACCCAUAUGUGGUCCUGACGCUUGGGCAUCAGAAAGUACAAUCUUCUGUAAUCAAAGGCAACCUGAAUCCUGUCUGGAAUGAAGAACUGAAGCUCUCUGUUCCUCGGGAAUAUGGACCUCUGAAGCUGCAAGUGUUCGAUCACGACAUGAUGUCCAAGGAUGAUCUCAUGGGUGAGGCCGAGAUUGACCUGCAGACGAUGAUCAACGCCGCUGCUGCGUUCGGUAAUCCGGAGCUGCUGGGCGACAUGCAGAUCGGCCGGUGGCUCAAGUCCGAGGACAACGCGCUCGUCAGGGACAGCGCCGUGGUGGUCGCCGGUGGCAAGGUGAAGCAAGGGGUAUCGCUGAAACUGCAGCACACGGAGUCCGGGGAACUAGAGCUGGAAAUGGAGUGGAUGCCGCUCAACAUGUAGAAAAAGCUGUGAAGUUGCAAACUUUGUUUUCCUGUCAAAUUGCAAACUUUAUUUUCUGAAAUCAAAACAAUCUGCGUAUUGGCAGAACAUAAAUGGAGUUGUGCUCAGAGGAUUUCAUUUUGCUUUUGUUGCAAUCAGAAAAUGUUCAGUGGGAGUUCCAAGAGUUCUUGCAAAUAAAGCUCUUCGCAGAAGCAGCCUUUGGAA